CCCCUUCUGCAUCUCUCUGUCGCUCUUGCUCGCUCUAUCUCUGCAUCUCUCUCUCUCUCUCUCUCUUUCAUAUACACAAAUCUCGAAGAUGGUAUCAACUCAACUGGAUGAAGAAACUGUUAAGAAAGUCAUUCGACAGGUAGAGUUCUAUUUUAGUGAUAGUAACCUUCCGAGAGAUAAUUUUCUUAGGAACACAAUUGCUGAGAGUGAAGAUGGCAUGGUAAGCUUGUCCUUGAUAUGCUCUUUUUCCCGGAUGAGAGGCCAUCUGGGAUUGGGAGAGAUAAAGGCUGAAGAUGUUUCGGAAGAUACAGUGGAAGCUGUGGCUGAGACAUUAAAGAAAUCGACCACUCUUAAAAUUUCUGAAGAUGGGAAGAAGGUUGGAAGGACAACAGAACUCCCAAAACCAGAAGAGGCAAUUGAUCAAUUGGAUGGUAGAACAAUUGCUGCAUCACCAAUUGAGUAUGAUAUAAAGCUUGAGGAGGUGGAAUCCUUCUUUGGGCAAUCUACCAAGGUCAAUAGUGUGAGGUUACCUCGUCAUGUUGCUGAUAAGAGGGUAUUUUGUGGUUCUGCUCUUGUUGAAUUCUCAUCUGAGGAGGAUGCCACUAAGGUUUUGACACAGUGCUUGGUUUUCAGAGGUGCUGAGUUGGAACUAAAACACAAGAAAGAGUUCGAUGAGCAGAGAGCAAAGGAAGAAGAAGCUGAGAAUACCCGUCGCAAUAUGUUUCCAAAUCGUAAAAACAAUUCUCCAGAAGAAGACUACCCAAAAGGCUUAAUUGUUGCAUUUAAGUUAAAGAGCAUGCCAUGUGAAGGUGCUUCGGCGGACAAUGAUAACCUGGUAAAAUCCAGUGAUGCUACUGAUGUUCAGGUAACGGAUGUGAAACCAGAUUCUAUGGAAUUGGUUGCUGAAGAUACUGAUAAGAAGGGAUCUGGAAAUGUUGAAAGGGACAGCACAGAGAGUGUUGAGGAAGAGAGUGAACCAAAGGUUGAUGUGAAAUCUAGUUCCGAGAAUGAAGAAGUUGAAGAUAAAAAGAAAUCUCCAGACAGCAUGCUUCAGAAUGAUGAGAAAAAAACGGAGACUAAAAAGUUAUCUGCUGACAUGUACAAGGACAAUAAGGAUGUUGUUUUACGUGAGGAUCUUAAGAGUGUUUUCCAGAAAUUUGGUACAGUUAAGUAUAUUGAUUUCAAGAUGGGAGAGGAGUCAGGAUACAUACGGUUUGAAGAAGCAGAUGGCACACAGAAGGCACGGGCAGCUGCUGUGCUUACGGAGGAAGGUGGUCUGACCGUGAAGAACUAUGUUGCUAUUUUAGAUCCAGUAACAGGGGAAGCCGAAAAGGAGUACUGGAAUAUGCUCCGUGGUCAAGAGAAAUUCCGAGGAAAUAAAGGCAAUUGGAGCAGGGGAGGAAAAAACAACAGAGGUGGACGGCAAUUUAAUGGGAAGCAUAAUCGCUCAAGAGAAAAUAAUUCUGGAAAUCGACCAAACAAGGUUCAUAAAGUUGCAGCAGCUUGAAUCGGUGAAUAAUGAACCGAUUGAGCGUUUGUUUUUCAUUAUUGGCUUUCUCAAGUCUUCUGCGACUGGUAACUUAAGACCGUUACUUUUUCACCGAAAACUGUUGGUUUAUGUUUCUCUUUUGAUAUCGUGACCACUAUAGUAUUAUUAUUGUUCUUUUUGGCAAAUUGAAGUGUGGUUAAAGUUUAUGGUUCAGGAUAGCCCUCGUCUUUUCUUUUUGUUCCAUCUUAUAUACAUGUCUAAAUGGGAUCAAUUAUAUAAUUGUGGUGGGUUUGGUAUUUUA